AUGAUGACGGGUGUAGAGGCAAUUGGUCUGCUUCUCGCCGUUCUCCUUCUGGUCGUCAAUCAACUGGACAACUACGUUCAGAGCCUGCAGAUACUAAAGCUUUUUCGCGGGCUCAUCUACCGCUGUGAAAUAAAAGGUUACCUCAGACGCGUUGAAUCACAGAAAGCUCUACUGCUAAAUAAUCUGGAGCAAUCCCUGGAAGGCGUCGUUGACUAUGAAGACGAGCUCAGUGAGCUGAUCAAUAACCCUAGAAGCUCGAUGUGGAGAGACCAGUCUUCAUUAAUGAUUGAGGAACUCUCACUAUUGCUUCAAGACCUUUGCCAGAAGCUAGUGCUAGACCCCAAGAAUCAGGAAAACCUCGUACAGCCUCUCUCAAAAGACUUUGAACAGAAGAUGACAAAUUCUAGAUAUAUAUUCUCAAGGUCUAUAUAUUUGGAUCUGCUCAGCCGGGUUGAAGUUGCGAAUGACACUCUACUGAAGCUUGUAGAGCAAUCACGUUAUGGUGAACCGUCUCGAAGGACGUUUUAG